AUGGCGCAGCCAAUGACCGUGGCUCCCUUUGCCCAGGUCUUGGCUGAACUGGGCAGCUUUGGUCACUUCCAGGUGCAGCUGCUGAUACUGCUGAGUGUGCCCAGCUUUCUGACCACCUUCUACAUGUUCACCCAGGUCUUCAUGGUCCUGGACGAGGCCCACUACUGUUCAGUGACCUGUGUCAGGAACCAGACUCUGAACCUGAGCGCGGCUGAGCAGCUGGCCCUGGGCUUGCCCCUGGAUGCCGCAGGCAGUCCCGAGCCCUGCCUCAUGUUCCAGUUGCCCCAUGGUGCCAGCCUGGAGUACAUCCUCAGCCACAGCUUCAGUGAGACACAGCUUUGCGAGGCGGGCUGGGCCUAUCCCGAAGGCAGGCCCUUGUCCGUAGAGAAUGAGUUUAACAUGGUCUAUGGUCGGAAGCAUCUGAAGGAAACCUCAGUGUAUGUGGCUGGGCUCCUCACUGGGGUGCUCACCUUCGGGCCCCUCUGCGACUGGAUUGGCCGCAAGGCCACUCUCCUGGUGCCGCUGCUCCUCUUUGCCAUCCUCGACAUGAGGCCAACCUUCAUGCCCAGCUUUGAGCUCUACAUGGUCCUGUGCUUUUCUGUGGCCACAGCCGUCCCUGGAUAGACCUUCAGCAAUGUCACCCUACCUACAGAGUGGGUGGGGCCCUCGUGGAGGAUCCAGGCUGUGGUCCUGGCACAGUGCGCCUUCUCCCUGGAGCAGAUGGCUCUUGCAGGACUUGCCUGUGACAUCCGGAACUGGAGACUCUUCCAGAUUGCUGGCACGGCACCUGUCUUUCUGCCCUUCUGCUUCUGGGCCCUGCCAGAAUCUGCACGGUGGCUCCUUACCUGGGGGAGGGGAGAGGAGGCCAAACAAUUGAUCCAGAAAGUGGCCUUGAUCAACAGACACAAACUCUCCUCCCAGCUCCUGAGCCAGGUACUUGCAGCACUGGGCCAGCCCUGCCUGAUGGGACCACACAGACCGGCCUGCCUGGCCCCUCACUCUGCACAUCCCUCCCAGCUGGCCCCAGAGAAGACCAGCCCCGCAGGGAAUGCCCUAAAUCUGUUCCAACACCCCUAGCUCCGGAAGGAGACCCUGAUUCUCUUCUACAUCUGGUGAGUGGACUCACUGAUGUUCUAUGGCCUGGGCCUCAAGGUGGGGCACUUUGGCCUGAACAUCUACCUGACACAGUUAAUCUUCGGAGCAGUUGAGGUGCCUGUCUGCUGCUGCAAUUUUAUAAUGGAAUGGAUGGGCCGCAGGUAGAGUCAGUCGGGGACCCUGGUUCUGGAUGGCCUCACGUGUAUCACCAUCAUUUUCAUCCCAGCAGAUCUGCCUGUGGUGGUCACUGUGCUGGCUCUGGUGGGGAAGUUUGCCUUGGCGGCUGGAUUUACCAUCUUCUACGUGGACUCUGCUGAGCUCCUCCCCACUGUCAUCAGGCAGACAGGCAUGGCGCUGGUGGACAUCUUUUCAAGGAUCAGGGGCAUCCUCAUGCCACUCAUGAUCCUGCUGGGCGAGCAUCGCGUGUCCCUCCUCGUGCUCAUCUAUGGCAGCCUCCCCAGCGGGGCCGGCUUACUGGCCCUGCUGACAGAGACACGUGGCCAGACCCUGAAGGACACUGUCGACGACCUGGAGCAAGAAUCCUGACCACAGUGAGGUGCUUGCUCUCUCUGAAGCCCAGGACCUCACAUCAGUGGCCCCUCUUCCAGAACGCCAGAUCUCUACUUUACCACUUGUCCAUUGUUGCAGAGGGAGCCCUCACAAUUCCCAUACUUUGGGGAGGAGGUGGCGAGGAAUGAGGACAGUUCCUAGAUAGCCAAUGAUGACCUUCUGCUUCCUCCAGCUCUCUGAAGGCAGUGCUCUCAGAAAAGGAUUUGGAGGCCUCGGGAAGUAUUUCCAGCCCAGGGUAGCCUUUAGAGCGGCACUUAGCUGUAUGACUGUGUCUCCAAAGCUAGACCUGCAGCAGCAAGGAGCUGCCUAAACACUCCCCUGUAAAUAGCUGGACCUGUGAGCACCACCAGCCUUGCUAAUGGAGGCAGUACCCUGUGAGCUGGCCCCAGAGCCAGCCACCCACUGCCUGGCCCAAUCUCAGAAGCAUCCUAGAUGGGCCUCCCUCCUUUCAAAACCAUGCUCAUCCCCAAAACCACAUCCCCAGUACCCUGUUCUGGAUUAGAAUCUUGGGUGUGUCUUGGCUUUAACUUGUUCUCUGACACUCUUUGGGGAUAUGGCUCCUCAGAUCCCCUCCAUCUGGGAUUCCCCCUGUCCUGAAAACAUAGUCAGGCCCAAAACAGGACAGCUGAGUAGGGCCUCUCCCAGCCCUUGAAGUCAUGGGCCCAUCCAGGCAAGUGGCAAAGGGAAGUUUGCAGUUCCUCCAGUGGCUGGACCAGGCCUGAAUGGAUAAGGUGGGACCCACAAGACAUUUGGUCUAGCUGAGAGGAGACUGAUUCAGUCAGAAUCAAAGCUUCAGGGUUGCCUUCUCUUCAGAGAUUCUCCUUUACCUGCCCUUCACUCAGGACCAGUGGCGGGGAGAGGCAGGACGUGGUUCUAUCCCUCUCUAGGCCCCUCUUUCCUUUUGUUUUCUGAUGCUCUGGCUCUUGCAGGGCCCAUGCAGGGUAGGAGAAGGGGGCAGAAGUCUUCUUACUUGGUGGCCACUAGUGUUGGUUCUUUUGGGAUUUGCAGUGAGUAAUCAUCAGUCAGUGGCCCUGGGAGGCUCCUACAAUUAGGCUUUCUUCAAGAAUAUUCAGGGGUUCUCAGUGAUCACCCCAGGACCUCUGCGUUGCUCCUUAGUAUGAACAAGAUGCUGGCAAAUGACUCCUUGGAACCCUACUUCAUCUCCUGCCCCUCCCAGUGGAUCCCCACAUUGUAUCUCUUGGGCUGGCCUCCUUUACAAGACAGUCCAACUAGCACAACCAUAGCAGCACGUUAGCCCAACUGUCCGCCUUCUUUCUGCUUGCAUCCCAAGAGCUGGACACAGCUAGAGAGCAUCACACUCGUGGCUCUCUUCUCUGAACCCACAGUCACCAGCACUUCCUGAGUCUUCAGCAACACCUUGUAUUCCUACCAGCUUUUCAAGUCAGCUUGUUUUCCAAUUCUCACUGGUGGCUAUUUCUCAGGUCCACUCUGCUUGUCCCCCUUCCUCUUACCCCCUACCAGAUAGCUUCUCAUCCUCCUCUCAGAGAAAGAAAAAGCCAUCCCAUGGCCACUCCUCAAGUUUCCCACCAGGAAAACUUUAACCUACACUCUCUCCUCCCCUGGGUGGGGAUCUGGGAGCAGCUGAGCGGAGCAUCUGUUCCUCCCUUAACUUUCCUCUCCAUUCUUCCUCCUUAGGCCUGGGGAUUGGGGGUGAGCAAGUGGUGCCUGGAAGGAUGGGAAGAUUUCCCACAAUGGAGGUGGAGCCGUCAUGGGGGAGGCAGGUGCUCUGGGUGUUGGACACAGUGUGCAUGAAGGCAUGGGGCUGGCUUAUGUGGAGAUUUUCCCAGUCUGCCUUGCCCCUUCUGUCCCUAGGGCCCAUGGCCAGUUGUGCCCCAGUGGUGGAAUGCUGCUCCCCUUCAUCCUACCCAAUCCCAGGACCUCCCCACCCCAUUGUGACAGUGCUCCCUAGACACCAUGGAACCCAAGGGUUCUGCUUCCAAGGGUCCGGCUGGGCCUGGACUGUGGUCAAGUGGGCCCUGGCUUUGGCUUGUGGUCCUGUCUCUAGGGAGGAAGGGCUGGGAGGGUGUUGAGGGUUUCGACUAUGAUGACACCCAGCAAUUGUGGGGCCGCAUUCUCAGUAUAGGUGUUGACAGGAGCCUGCCGGACCUUGACUGACUGUGGGAAGUCUGUGGAAGGAGCAGGCUGCCCUCCCAGGAACCGUGAGUUCUAAGAUGUGGCAUCUGGCCACUUCCUGUCCUCAGAAAGGGGGCUGCUCCUGGCUGUACCUCCCUUGUCCCAGGCCUCAGUUUCCUCUUUUUAUAUCGGGAACCAGUUGCUGGGGCCUGUCCACCUGGUGGGGGACCUUUGGGAACAAGUGCUUCAGGUUCUUGCAGACUGUCAGGCCCCUGUUGGGCAUUCAGGUGAUGCUCAGGGGACACUGAAGGUCACUCUACCAGAGAAGCUGGCUCCAGGCCCCAAACCAAAUCUUUGUGAGCAAAAUAAAAGUUCUCUCCAUCCCUCCCUCCUUCACUCCCCUCUUUCCCUCCCUCCCUAGGAAGUCUCCUCUAUUGUGUGACACCCUCUCCAACCUUACACAUGUACACACUCUGCUAGUUUCCUGUUGCUGUUGUGACAGAUUACCACAAACUUACUGGCUUUCAACAACACAGAUGUAUUAUAGUCUUGCAGGUCAGAAGGCCAAAAUGGGCCUCACUUGGCUAAAAUUAGGUGUCACAGGGCUGUAUUCCUUUCUGGAGGCUCUAGUGGGGAAUGUAGUUCCUUGCCUUUUCCAGCCUCUUGAGACUGCCCACAGUUCCUUGGCUAAUGCUCCCUUGUAUCUACAAAUCUUGCAAUGGCUGGUCAAAUCUUGAGAGAUAUGACUGAAGUUUAUUCAUUUUCACUGCUGCCUUGUAUGCUAUUAGAGAAAGAUACCACAGUUUAUCCAUUCUUCUCUUGAUGGGGUUUUUGGGCUCUUUUCCCCACCCCCCAUAUUUGGAAUGUAUUGUCAUGAAAGUUUUGAUACUCUUCUUGGAUCAUGUGUACAAAUGUUUACCCAGAGUAUACAAGUGGGAAUAGAAUUGCUGGGUCAUAAGGUGUGAGGCUGGGCCUUCCCUAGUGGCUCUGCAGUAAAGAAUCU